UUUGGAAUACAUUGAAAUUAUCAUAUCUAGUAUAAGACCCGGCGCUAGAAUCCAUCCUCUCCCUUCAAAAUAAUGUCCCCCUCCACCUUCGACCUCCAAAAAUGCACCCACCUGAUCAUCGUCUGCUGCCAUGCAAUCUACAUCGGGGGACCAACCAAGGGCAUUUCAGAGGAUGAAUGGUUAAUUGAGCCCUUCCAGAAGGGCGAAACGCCUACCUUCACGGCCCAUGUUAAGGCAGGCAUUCAGGCUGCAGCAGAAGAUCUGCGCAGUGUGCUUGUGUUUUCCGGGGGUGCAACUAAGAGGUCAUUGACGAGUCUAGCCGAGGGGGAAUCAUACUUGAACCUCGCAAAAGACAACGCCCUCUUCACAUUUUCCGACAAACUCCACGCCUCCCAAAUAACCACCGAAACCAACGCCACAGACUCAUACCAAAACGUGCUUUUCUCGCUUCUAAAGUUCAAAACACACACGGGCAGAUAUCCCACGCGCGUAACCGUGGUGACGCAUGAAUUCAAACGGAAGAGAUUCAUGGAGUGCCAUUUUCCUGCUGUGGGGCUGGGCCCGGUCUCGAGUCCCGCUGGUGCAGGGGACCAGGGAGGUGACAGGACAUCUAGAUGUAAAUGCAAAGGGGACGUGAUUGGAAUUAACCCGCCGGAGGAAGUAACGUCUUCGGCGUCGUUGAUUGCAGGCGAAGAGAAAAGAGGGAUUGGGCUAUGGAGGGAAGAUAGGUAUGGAGUUCAGGCGGAACUAGCAGGGAAGAGAGCACAAAGGGGAUGGACAGCGGGGAUGGAAAGGGAUGUGUUUGGAGACAUGGGACUUGAGGCUGUGGUGGAAGAGUUGGUUUGUUGGGAUGGCGGAGAGGAUGGGAAUAAAUGGUUUUCGAAGAUGGAGCGUUUACCGUGGUACAGCGCGGACGAGUAG